GAUCUCUCACUGUGAAUUUGUGCCAGUAUCUCAUUAAUCUACUAUGCCACAGUCACAGAUGCCCGUAACAUUAUUCUCCAAUUCUUCUUCUUCUUCUUCUUCUUCUUCUUCUUCUUCUUCUGCUGCUGCCAAGUGCUUAUGGUGGUGAUGAUAUUUUGAAACAGUAACACUUGGAGGAUGCGUUUUAACUUUUACUUGAGUCUUUUAUCUUAGUGGUUGAAACAUAUUAUUAUUUUUUUCAGUAAUUUAUGUGCAUGCAAGGACAAAAUUUUACUGAAUUUUUAUUUAUUUAUUUAUUUUAAAGGGAUUUUUGUUUCUUUUUGUGCUUUGGUAACGUCAACAUAUCAUUGUUCAAUCCCAUCCAUGUUUGGAAUAAACAAAAAGGCAAAUAUAUAGUGAAAAUAUUUAUAUUUAUAUUCAUAUUCAUAUUCAUAUCUUGCAGCUCAAGUCUUAUGGAAUGGAAUAUAACAAAGAAUUUCAUGCCAUAAUUUGAAUUCAACAUUAGCUGUUUAUCCAACUAUUCUGCACCUUUCUUUUCUGGUUUUCUUUCUUGAUUUUUCGCGUAUUUUGCGUGGCUUCUUCUCUUUAAGUAAUUCACAGUAGAAUGAAUUCUGAUACACUGUUUGGCACUGGCAAAGAGAAUUGAACAGAAAUCAAUCACCUUUUGUCUUUUCUUUUUUACUAGCUCUCAUACUUGGAUUGUUUGUAAAUGAACACUUCAAAGAUGGAUUGCCAAGAACGAAUUAGACAAAAUCAUGGACCGAUUGGUGACUUUGCUCUUCAAUCCUCACAAUGUUUUGGUAACCAACAGAGUUGGAACAUGGGAAUUCGUAUGCAGCAACCUGUUAUGGAGGCAGGACUGCAACAGCAAAAUCAUAGGCCUGAUAAGUCAUCAUCCAGCAUUAUGAGCCGCUUCGAAUCACCGGCUUCAGCUUUUUAUGCAACAGAAAGAUAUAUGGGGUUUCCACAGUAUGACUGUCAAGUUGAUGCUCCUCCUUGGUGCUUCCCAUACUCCAUGCCCUAUGAUUCACAACUUCCUUCGCAACAAUCUUCAAGGGAAAGCUUUGCUAUUGAUUCAGGAGAGCAAGCUGAUCACAACUUGGAUUUGAGAAGCAAUUUGCAGCCAAUUGUGAAAUCCCAUUUCUCUGAUGAUCAUUAUUACAAGUCUUAUAAAGGUCCUUGCAGCAGUUCUUCUGGGAACAAGCGACAUCUGUUUGAAAGGAAUAAACUGUUAAAUAAUGGAGCUGCCUCCAUAGGAAGUCAAUUUUCAAUUCCUUACCAAGGAGAUCAGGAUCAUAGAGUUGGUAGUAAUCCAUGUACUUCUCCAUUUUCACAGCUGGGAUUUUCUUCUCGACAAGAGAUACAGUCUCCAAGAUUUUCUUCUGCAGGUGCUUCUGCAUGUUCUGGUAAAACAGAGGCAACUGGAGCUGUGAUUUCAAGCAAGACUCGAAUACGAUGGAAUCAAGAUCUUCAUGAGAAGUUUGUCAUGUGUGUAAAUCGCCUUGGAGGCGCAGGGAAAGCAACACCAAAGGCGAUACUAAAGCUGAUGGACACAGAUGGAUUGACCAUCUUUCACGUGAAAAGUCAUCUGCAGGUGAAAUAUAGAAUUGCAAAAUACAUGCCAGACCCUUCAGAAGGAAAGCCUGAGAAAAGAACUAGCAUAAAUGAUGUAUCGCCGAUCAAUGCAAAAACCAGUGGCAUGCAAAUCACAGAGGCACUGCAACUGCAAUUAGAUGUCCAGAGGCGUCUGCACGAACAGUUGGAGAUUCAGAAAAACUUACAAUUACGCAUUGAAGAACAAGGCAGACAACUUAAGAUGAUGUUUGAUCAACAACAGAGAACAAGUAGUAUUUUCAGGAAUCAGAACCUGGAUAGUACACCCCCAGAUGAGCCUGCAUUUAGUCUUGAAGAUAUUGAGGCUUCCAUCAUAGAAGGUUCUAAUAGCACCCAAUUCCCAUCCAAGAUAAGUUAGUUCUUCCAAGAAUAGUAUUUCAGAUGACUUUCAUUUACUAGCUGGAUAUGUUCCACCAGAAGUGGCUCCUGCUUCUCAGGACAAAAGAAUCAGCAAUAUGUCUCUGCUGCAACGUAAAGAAAACGAAGGCAUUUGUAUUUACUUCAAUCCUCAAAUCAGUUACAUUGAAUGUACCUAUAAAGAAAGCAGUAAAUAUACAAAAUGGAUGCUAUAACACUUAUGAUUGCCUUUAGAACUAGGAAGUAGGAUUCUCUUCAAAAAAAAAAAAAAGAAAUAGAAGAAGAAGAAGAGUUGGCUUUUUGAAGUUUUGUAUCUGGUCCUGCAUAAUUUUUGUACUUUCAAGCUCAUAAUAUAUUACAAGUAUCAUAAUUUUGAUGUCCAA